AUGGAUUUCGCGGAGUUAAAAGACACCACCGAUUCUCCACUUCAUCAUCUAACUGGUCUUUUCUUUGAUCCCGCCAUGUUGUCCCACAUCUGCCUCUGCCACCAUGGCAAUAAUCCGCAAGUUCAUCCCGAGCAUCCGUUGAGGAUCGUUUCGAUACUGGAGCGAAUCGCUGGUAUGCGUCUUCAAAUUCCACCUGGCUUACUUUCUUCAGAAGAGCAGGACUCGAAAGUCUCUACUCCCGACGGCCUACCCCUGGCUUUCCUCUGCAAAUGGAUGCGAGCUCGUAUGGCCACUAGAGAGGAAUUAGCCAUUUUCCACACCGAGGAGCACAUUUCUCGCUACUGUUCUGAAGAAUCGUCGGCCACUUCCUCAGAGGACGAAGGUGUUCAUGAUAGACCCAUGGGAGAUGACGAUGAAGUCGAUCAGAAGCCCUGCAUCGCAAAAGAUAUCCCCAUGGAAGUGGAUAUUCCCCCGAAGAAGCCAGCUGUUAAAAAAACUUUUAAUAAAUCAUCCUUUCCCCUGGUUACUCUCCGAUGUGGUGGAGUUGGUGUAGACUCCGACACCGUCUGGAACCCCGAAACUACGUCGAAGUCUGCUCGAUUGGCUGUUGGACAGGUUAUCUGCUUAGCGCACAACCUUGCCUGUGGAAGUUUGCGCAACGGGUUUGCCCUAGUUCAUCCGCCAGGCCAUCACGCCGAGCCAGAUCAGGCCACUGGUUUCUGUUACUUCAAUUCCGUUGCCAUAGCAGCUCUCUCCAUUCUCCAGAGUGGACUCGCUUCUCGUGUACUUAUCCUCGACUGGGACAUCCAUCAUGGCAACGGUACCCAAUUCGCUGCUACCCAACACCCCGGCCUACUCUACAUCUCACUCCACCGUUACGAUCAGGGUACCUUCUUCCCAGGCACAGGCUCCUUCCAUCGCCAAGACAGUCAAGCCAACGGUGGGUAUAUCAUUAACAUUCCUUGGGGAUGUACGGAUGCAGCAACAACUUCCAUUACCGUGCCGGCGACCACAGCUGCGCGUAGAGAAUCGUGGAGGUCGAUUACACCCCACACCAAAACGGUUUCCUCGUCAAGUGACAGCGGAGUUCCCGAGGAUGUCUCCGCUGCACUGCCUUUACCCAUGAUGCUUGGACAGAGUUGGAGAGACUCUUCACCAACUAGCUCCUCAGCUGGAUCAAUCGAUAACUCUACCAUAUUGAAAGGUUUCCCUGGAGAUUCAGCCACAGGUAAUGGAACUAUAGGACUCUCAGAUGCGGAGUACCUGGCGGCGUUUAGGACCCUGGUGAUCCCUAUGGCGGCAGAAUUUGCACCCGAUGUGGUUCUGGUAUCGGCUGGGUUCGAUGCAGCGACUGGGCAUGGUAGUGCCCUAGGUGGCUACGAAAUUUCACCGGGGGCCUUUGCAUGGAUGACACGCCAGUGUAUGUCCUUGGCCAAUGGGAAAGUUGGUUUGGUCUUGGAAGGUGGCUAUGUCGCUUCCGUAACAGCAGAAUGUGUUUCCAACUGCAUCAACGCUCUCGUCCUCCCAAACCCUCCACCGGCCGUACCAUCAACUGCUUUUUGCUCCUCAACCAAUAACCGUCAGUGUCUCGCUCAUUUGGAAGAUAGCCUGACCACCGCGAAAGCAUGGGUCCCGCCUUCUGAAUUCUCCAGAGCUCCAAGGCCUGAGGCAGUGAAAACACUGCUCGAGGUUGCUGCUGUGAAUGCCUCGAGAGGAAAGUGGAAAUGUCUGUCCAACAUGGAUGCUGCUUCUGUUGCGGCAGAUUUUGCUCUGUAA